AUGCAAAUCACAACGAUUGCCACCGUCCUCUCCCUGGUCUUACCAUCAGUCCUGGCUGGAGGGCAGGCCGGUGGGCACCUUGAGCGCCGCGCUUCAGGCGGGCUGGUCAGCGCCUUGACAAUAACGGUCCGCGAUGCCGACGUGUCUACCCUCGCGGAGCGCUCGCCGGUGAAGAACAAUAGAGAAAGGAGCGGCAGAAAGAAUAAUGCCAAGGCAACGAACGGAAAAGCGGCAACGGCCAAGGCGAACGAGCCGCUCAUCAAGGCCAACCCAGGGCAGUCCCAGGCCGAGCAGGACAAGAUCACCGCCCAGCUUGACGCAGAAAACAACCCGCAGCCGCCGGCCCGUGCCGCAGAGAUCCUUGGAGGGCGCCGGGGGAGCUAG